AGUUGUGGUGUCCCAAACACACAGUCAAUCCGUCGGAAUUCAGAGAGUGUUCCAAUCUGUCAUCAAAUGGUUCGCGUGUCACAGUGUGCGUGAGAAUUUAUUGCAAAAGUUAUAUGGUGCGUCGAUGAAGGCAACAACAAUUUCUUGUAUUGUAUGUGUUUUAGUUCAUUGGUGGAAACAUCUAUCAAAGCAGGCAGAGAGAACAAACGUUUCGCGUUUUUUCUCUUCUUCUUUGGUUUUAUUUUUGCUGUGAAAUCGUGAUGUUUUGUGUGUGUUUGGACGAGAAUUAAAAGAGUGUAAACGUGCGUGAAAAGAAAUAGAAAAAAAAACCAAAAAUUUAUUUCCGAACAAAAACAAUAAUAAUGUCGACGGUGAAUUUGAAUCCGAGAAAGAGUCCGAAUAUGCUUACGAAACAGGGCAGCAAUCAAUGGGUUCGAUUAAAUGUGGGUGGCACUUGCUUUCUCACAACCAAAACCACUCUUUCACGCGAUCCAAAUUCCUUUUUAGCGCGUCUCAUUCAAGACAGUGACCUAAUAUCAGACAAAGAUGAAACUGGAGCCUAUUUGAUUGACAGAGAUCCACGAUAUUUUGCACCAGUGCUGAACUAUCUGCGACACGGCAAACUAGUUUUAGAUGGUCUAUCCGAGGAGGGUGUACUUGAGGAAGCCGAAUUUUAUAAUGUAACGCAUUUAAUAGGUUUAAUUAAGGAAUGCAUUACACUCAGAGAUAACAGACCUGCCUUAGAUAAAAAACGAGUCUAUCGCGUGCUACAGUGUCAAGAGAAUGAACUAACACAGAUGGUGUCGACAAUGUCGGAUGGUUGGCGUUUCGAGCAACUGAUAAACAUUGGCACACAAUACAACUACGGAUCCGAAGAAACUGCCGAAUUUUUGUGUGUCGUAUCAAAGGAGUGUAUUGGUCCAACGAUUGGCCGGGAACAGGAAUCAAAUGAUAGAGCCAAAGUUCUGCAGCAAAAAGGUUCGCGGAUGUAAAAACAAACAUUCAAUCGAACACAAAUCAAACAGCCACACAUUUUUAAGUAUUUUUUUUUUCGAUUGUCUGUGCAUGAUUCACACAUCUAAGAAUUGUAAUUGAACAUACUUUACCAGCAUUGAUACAGAGCGUCCAAUCGUUCAUCAAUGCGGUAAAAAAAAAACAAAUUGUAUUCAAUAAUAGUAUGAAUUAGAGAAUGAAACAGAAGAGAAAAUAUCGAGAGAAGAAGAGAGAGAAAAAAAAUUGUAACACAAAAAAGUCUAUAGGCUUCGAUCUUAUAAAUUGUUGAUAUUGUGUGUUUGAAACUAUUGAAAAUGCCAACUGUACCAUAGAAACCAAAAACCAAGCAAAAACAACAACCGUUUCUAUUAGAUAACAUGGAAGAGCACAUUCGAAUCAUAGAAUAGGAAGGAAAAAAAAAAAACAAAACGAAAAUAGAACCAUUAAAAUCCAAUCGCAUUGCGUGCUUGUUGUGUGUACACAUCCAUCAGGCAUUUGCAGAUAAAUAAAAUAUGACACUAUGAAUUAGUCUUUGGAAUAAAUUUCGAAAACAGCAAAACAAAACAACGUCACAAUUACACAAGCAUUAACUCACCAUUGAGAAUUGGAGCCAUCUGUAAUUUUGUAAUCUAUAUUUUAUGAACACAUUUCUUUUUUCGUUCUUCUUUUGAGUUUCUAAACUGGAAAAGAGAUUAUGAUAAGUGACGUUAUUUAGGUAGAUGUCUGUCACAGACCGACACAGUCUAGACACAGUUCAAUUUUGUUUUUAAGUUUUCUAUUUCGUUUGCAUAAUCAUUUCAUUCACACACACACCACACAUGUUUUCUUUUUUUGCUGUCUUCAUUGACGUUAUCAUAUCCAUAUAAAUGCGGACAGAACAGUUGAGCGUUUUUUUUAGGGAAAAAAGAAUUUUGACUGAUUUUUCGUCAUCUUUAAGAAUAAACAAACAAACAAACAAACAAAUGAUAUGAAAACUUAUGUUCUAUCCCUCCUUUUGGAUAUUGCGCGAAUUGAAUGUUUUUAGCAUUAGAAAUGUCUAUUUGAAAUUGAGUGCCGCUACUAUCCGACGGGGCGGAGACAAACAAAAUACAACACAAAAACAAAUCUGGAAACAGCAUGUUCAUUACUUCUGUGGCCCAUAAUCUGUGUGUAGCAAAACGUUGGCCACUUCAUCGAUUGAUGUCAACAAGGUCUGGCUGAAUAAGAUAAAACAAAAUCAAUUGUGAAAAUCAUCAACUCAUACCAAAAUAACACCGUGUAUGUGAAACAAAGACUCGAUGCAAUCGAAAUGUGCUCAAGUUUUUCUUUCAUUUAAAUGCCUUAUGCUGAUAUACAUUGAAACGACGUUCCAUUCAUGCAACAACAACAACAAAUACUGAAGAAGAAGAUAAACAAGAACAAUGAUAUGCAGUCACUUUUAAGCAAACCAUUCGCAGUUGUUAGACAAGUUAGAUCACUUUGUUGUUAUAGACAAGAAAUGAAAACAUAUUUGGAACUAUAAUUCUAAAGAAAAAUUUGCACAGCGCGACUAUACUAUUUUUACGAUACGUGUUUAGAUUUCCAAGGGUAUCAAUACUGUAAUCCAGUAAGUUUUCUCACCCAUUGAACCCAAAGUGAUAUUUUACUAUGUGUUAGGCACUUACAAUCGAAAUCCAUUGAAUUGAAUGUUAGAAGAAAAAAAGAGUAUUUAUAGAGAGAAAGUGAUCUUCAUGUCGUGAUCAAAAUCUGUUUAUGAUUUGUGUCAUUCACACACAAUCGAGAAAUAAAUAGACAAAAAAAGGAGACAAACGGUAUUGAUGCCCUUUUUGUAAAACUAUGCACCACACACACACACACCGCAUCUUUUCAAGAGAUUCACUUACAUCAUUAUUUAGAAAAAAACAGCAGCAACAACAAAAUGACAGCAUAAGUAGACACGUUUAGAUAUAAAAAUUAACCGAUAAGUGGAACAACAUAAUGUAAACGUAGUUUAUGUUUUACGAAUGAAAAAAAAAUUAUUUUGUUUUUAUUUCAAAUGAUGAAAAAUGCAAUAACAAGAUGUAUCACUGUGAA